AUGCCGGCGGUGCAGCAUCAACAGCGACUGCCUCCUGUCUACGAAGCUGGAGAUCACGAGUUUUCAGACGCCGACCUUCACUACAUCUCACAGGAAACGUCAUUGUAUAUCAUUUCCGAACAUAGCUAUGUGCCUUCAUUGAUCAGAGCCCCUUGCGAGCGCGACAAUAGCUGCGCGAACCAACAACCACACCGCAUUGGCACAUCACUACGCCUCUCAACACAACGAAGACCACCCCGACCGCUCAUGGCCACCCUCACCUACGCCCAAGAUGCCCAGCAAACUUUUGGCGCACCGCCUGGCAGCCCGCCUGACCUCACAAACUCCAAGUCGUCCAAGUCGUCAAGCAUCCAUUCGUCAACUCUCCUAGACUUCAUGGGCACAACGGAGAACCUCUCCCACUUUGAGGAUAUUAACCUAGACGAAGCAUCAGGUGGGCCCUCUUCCUUCCCCAUGCCAGCGAGCCCGUCUAAUCGCAUCCUCUUUGAAGCCCCACGAGCCUCUCUUUCCACCAGGAGCCUCCCGCAUUCACAUUCGGCCCACUCCUUCCGCGACCUGACCGGCGCAACCAAGCCAAAGUACCCGAGCUUGAAGGGCCCGGUCAACCAUGCUGUGCGACAGCAGGCCCAGCUGUCCGCCCCAGGGAAGCAGCAAGCUAGGAGAGGCUUCACUUCGCCGUCUGUCCCAUCGCUCUCCAGCCUGAGCCUCGCUGCACCCCAACGCUCUUCCCGAUCACCAUCCCCAUCAAGCACACACAAAUCCGCCUCGGGGCCGCGCACACUAUCUCGCAAGAGCUCUCGGAGUGAUGUUUUGCCGUCGCCAGGGUUGGGCUCAAGGAGGCCGUCAUGGCAGGACUCCAAAAGAAAAACUGUAAAGGAAAGGGAGGCCGAGUGCGAUGAUGAAGAUGACGAGCUUCCCGAGGAUGCUGUUAUCUGGAAUAUCCCCAUCUCGCCACGCCCCACGAUGGAUCGAUCAUCAGAGUCCUGGGUUGGCGAGAGCCCGCCUUUGGCGUCGCCCAAUCCCGACGCGUUAAUAUCGUCGUCUUCGAGGUCUUCGAGGACUUCUCCCGCACCUUCCGUAUCGCGUGUCUCCCAGAGAACUCCUUCUCCCAACGUUUCUAGCAGAGGCGUAUCUCCACAGUCAGCGACACAGCCGAACACGUGGGCAGAGACGUACACCGCAUUAGAUACGGAUGCCAAAUUCCUUACUGGAAAACUGGAGGAGUUUCAAUCUGAGAAUGAGCGAAAGCAAGAAAUUUCGAGACAACAGCCCGCAAAAAAGCCGGCUCUCCCACCUGUCCGUAAGAGCGAUCCUCUAAUCGAUCCGUUCCAGCCGUCGGUUGAGAAGCAGAAGUACCUCUCGCGGACCCGACCUUCGUGGCUUCCACCCAAAAAUCCCAAGGAAGAGAAGAAGCACCUUAAGGAGUACCAGCGCAUGUUGGCUCGCAUUGAGGAAGCUGAACGUCUCGAGGCUCAACGUGCUCAAGAAGAAGCGAUAGCUCGUGAAAAGGCCUCCCGCGUCAAGGCAGAAUACUGGUCGAGCCUACUUUUACCAAACUGGGCCACCGAGAUGACAAAUUCCGAGCUCCGUGCCUCGCACAGGAAGAUGUGGUGGAACGGCAUUCCUCCACGGUUGCGAGGUCAGGUCUGGCAGAUGGCGAUUGGAAAUGAUCUUGAGGUUACGGAAGCGACCUACAACAUUGCCUUGGAGAAAGCACGCAAAGAAGUCAAGACGCAUGGCCACGAAGCGCUCGGAGGCCGCUAUGUCUACAUUGUCGAAAGCACCCAAGCAGUGUUCCCUGAUCUCAAGAUGUUCGCCGCACGAACGUCACAGGAGGCAGAGGACGAGCAACCGCUACACCAGGACCUCGUCGACAUAUGUCUAGCCUACUCGAUGUACCGCCCGGACAUUCCACACUCAAAGUUCGACAUACAUCACAUCGCCGCAUUGCUCCUGUUGAAUCAAGCCGCGCCACAAGCUUUUGUCGCCCUGUGCAACCUCCUCAACCGUCCGCUACCCCUGUCCUUCCUCAUCCACGAUCAAAACGCCAUACAUGCCGCCUACUCCACAACACUUCACGUCUUGGCGAAGAAAGCGCCUAGUCUGGCUCAACGACUAGAGACGUUACGUGUUGAGCCCAGAGAUUAUCUGUUCCACACACUGGGCUCCUUAUUCUGUGGCCGUCUGGGCGUCGAGCAUGCCGCGCGCAUAAUGGACAUAUACACGAUCGAAGGCGACAAGAAUCUUCCACGGGCCGCAGUCGCCAUACUCAGCAUACUAGAGGGCAGCUGCAUGGAGGGCGACGCGGCGCAGGUUGCAAAAACACUACGGGAGAAGAAGAUUGACCUUGACGUCGACGACUUCAUGACCAAGGUUUUUGAGGCGGGCAAGAGCUCGUAG